AUGGAUUAUUCUUUAUCGCAAACAUAUCCACAAGAUUUUAUUUUACCUUCCAAAAUUUUAAAAAAUCACGAAUUGAAGAAAAAACAAGGGCUUGAUAGUUUUUUUUAUAAACUAGCAAAUUUUCGUAGUAGAUUUCCUGUUGUUUGUUGGAAAAAAGGUCAUCAUGUUUUGAUGCGUAGUGCUCAACCAAUGGUAGGAAUUUUUUCUUCACGUGGUUUGGAAGACGAAAUUUUAAUUCAAGAGAUUUUAGGUACAGUCAGUGAAGAGGAACGAGAAAUAGCUGAAGCAAAAAAAGAGGGGUUGGAUUUUGAAGUAGGAAGUACUUCACAUGGUAAACUUACUAGAAAUCUUGCAGAUUUUGAUGAAAAAUGUCAAAUUAAAAUGUGCAUUUUGGAUGCAAGAAAUUACACUUCUGCUUUAUCAAAUAUUUAUAAUGGUGGUGGUUAUGAAAAUACGGAUUUUUAUCCGCAAAAUACUACAUUGGAAUGGUUGAAUCUUCCAAAUAUUCAUGCUAUUUCAAGUGCACAUACAAAACUAUUACGAGAAAUAGCAACGAAUUCUUCGUCACCCAAUUGGUUUUCAAUAUUAGAGUCUACUGGAUGGUUAAAUUGUGUAUCUGGCUUGCUCAAAGCAGCAGGUGGAAAAAAUGGAGUUGUAUCCAAGAUAAUUGAUGAGGAUGAGAGUGUGUUAGUGCAUUGUACUGAUGGUUGGGAUAGAACACCACAACUAGUUUCACUUGCACAAAUAAUGUUAGAUCCAUAUUAUCGUACUUUGAAAGGAUUUAGAGUAUUAAUUGAAAAAGAAUGGAUUACUUUUGGUCAUCAGUUUAGAGCACGUAGUGAACUCCCAACUAAAUUACAUUAUGACUAUUCAACACCGUCAACAUCACCAGCAUCAGAUAUAAAUUCAACAGCACCCGUUCCAUCGCCUAUUUUUCUUUUGUUCUUAACAUGUGUUCAUCACCUUUUAGAGCAAUUCCCUGCUUCAUUUGAGUUCAACGAUUUCUUGUUGCUUUGUUUAGCUCGUGCAGCAGCUGGAAAUUCGCCUUUUGGAGAUUUUCUAUGCAAUUCCGAACUUGAAAGAGAAACAAUUAGAUUGCGUGAAAGAACUAGAAGCAUAUGGUCAUGGGUGCAUGAACAUCGACGAUGGUUCAAAAAUGAACGAUAUCAGAAAAUAUCAUCGUCGUCACCAUCAUCCAAAACUAACAAUAAUUAUAAUAAUUGUUUUCGCUUUGAUCGUGCAUGGAAAAAAGAAGUGUUACGCCCCGAUACUGGUGCCAGGGUAGUCACAUUAUGGUCUGAUUAUUAUUUUCCAAAAGAUGAUCAUUCAAUAGCGUUGUUGUCUGUACCACCUGGACCAGAGAUUAUGCUUCCUUCAGAAAUUAAAAUACCCGAGAAAUUAUUAUCUAUAUGUAAAUCAUUGAUACUCAACAGUAAUAAACUUAACAAUAAAAAAAUUAAUAAUAAAUCAAGUAGUUCUAAUUUUGCAUCAGAAAACAAUGGUGAUAAGGGAAGUGAAGAUGAUUAUGAUAAUGACAAGAUUUAUGUUGAAGAUAUGUUUCUUAAUUCAAUCAUACAGGAUGGUGCAUCUAUAAAUAACGAUACGGCAGAUAUUUCCACAUCUUCACUUUUAGAUCAAUCAGGCUAUGUUGAUUUAAAAUAUUUCUACUCGAACAAAGUUUCCUUAAAAUUAUUAAGAAAAACAAUUGAAUCUUGUAGAGAAACAGCUAUUCCAAUUUCCAAUAAUUCUACACAUUUUCCAUCUGAAGGUUCAUUAACACCAUUAACAUCAAAUGGCAUAACGCCAAAUAAUUCACCUGAUCUUAGUGACUUUGUAAUUAUUGAAAGCUAA